AUAUCUAACCAUGUGUGAUGAUACGCCUGCUCUGAGCAUGCCGCAGCCUGAGGAGCCACUCUGUGACCUCUGUGCUGAAGAACCGAAGCGUGAGCGGGGUUCAAACCUGAGGAACGCUAUUCCUGUCUCAGAGAAGAUAUUGGAAGCUGCCAGUCAGAGAGGGAUCCUGGAGCAAUCAGAGAUUACAUUAGUGAGCCUGACAGACACCACACUGCAGGACCAUGAGACGAUCACUGAUGAAGAGGAAAUAUGGGAAGACGAGCAUGGGGUGAGGGAAGAAGGACAGACACAGAGGGCUCAGACUCCACGUUGUUACCUGAUGACGCUCCAGAACAAAAGAACCAAACACAUCCAGCAGUGAUGCUGCAGUUUGAGUGGGGUCCUAGCAGAGGCCUGCAGGACGUCCACCAGCAGAAGCGCAGAGCUCUGCUCCAGAGAUCAUCGCACAGGGUGGAGGAAAUCAAGGCCAGAAGGGCUCUGGCAAAGAUUCAACAUGAGAUCCAAGCUGCAUCUGGAGCCAAAGAGCAGUCUAAGGCUCGACCCGCCACCUGCAAGGCAAAGACGAAGUCCGAGCCUCAACAUGAGACUAAUACCAAGACAAAGGGAGGACAGAGGGAGCAGCAAAAUAAUGAAAACUCUGGUUUCAUCAAGCAGAAAAAGCCCCUGCCCCCCCCUCCAGUGAGCGACUCCAGGCUGAAACGAGUGGACGAGAUGAAGAUCAACACUUCUGAGCAAAGGAAAGUGGAUGUUUCAAAGAUGCACAGAAGAACUCAGAGACUGUAUGAGCAGCUGGAGGAGGUGAAGCAUCAGAGAGAAGUCAGGAACAGACAGGAAGCUUAUGCAAAAAACAGACUGAAGGCCAAGGAGUUCCACAAGAAAACGUUGGAGAAACUUCGUGCCAAGCAGCCUCUGCAGUGAUUGACCCUGAAUGUGCUCUACUCCGACUUUUGUAUUAUUUUGUAAAGUUCUAUCAAUAAAGCAUUUUAAGUUAUUUGAA